UUUAAUGUUUUGUGGUACGCACCCGAGUUGUAACCCUUUGAGGGUUUCUUUGAUUUACUGUUCUUAGCAAUGAGUUCCGUGGUCAACAACAGUAAUAAUGGAGAACUCAUAUGAUAUAAUCCCUUCACAACAAAAAAGAACCGAGGACAAUGGUAGCAGUUGCUUGGAGGUCUUUGUUGCCUGUAAUAAUAAUCUCUGCUUUUAUAGUCUAUGAAGAGCGGGUCUCAUUUCCUUCUUGCAAGCACCUGCCUGACACCACCAACCAUCCCGGUGAACAUAUUGGCAACGAAGAUGGUUCGCCCGAGGAUCUUACGGUUAUGAUGGUCGCUAACUUGCUUUUGCUCGGCUCUGAUGCUGGUUUUGUCAACCUCUAUUUCAGAGAUUAUUACAUGUCCAAGUUUUUCAUGAAAUCUUUCCAGAGUUUGAAGCCUGAUAUGCUACUAGUCUUAGGAGAUGUUUCUGCUAAAGGGUCGGAGUUGUCAAGAAGUAAAUGGUUAUCGGUGUUUCAUCAGUUUGAUCGGUUAUUGGGACCGUUUCUUGAACUCCCUUUGCAUGUUAUUCUUGGUGACAGGGAUGUUGGAGAGUGUUGUGAUCUUGAUGCAAAGUCUGUUAAUUGGGUAGCUAGGAAUUUUCCAGGAUUGGAUUCAUCAGGAUGUGGUGCUUUUGAAAUUAGCAAUAUCAGCUUUGUUUCACUUAAUGCUGUGGCAUUGCUUUGUGGUAAUAAUAAGCUUAGGUUUGGUGUUGAGAAGGUAGUAGAAAGGGAAAGUGUAGAUCUACAAAUGAAAACAAAAAGCACAGCUGAAACAAAGGAUGAGUCUGGCAUGUCUAGGGAGCUGUCCUAUGGCUUUGGGUGGAGAGAAAAUGCUAUGACAUCUGGUUCUGGACCGGUGCUAGUACUUCAUUUUCCCUUGUACCGGCCAGGAAACACCUAUUCUAGGGAAGGUAGUGCUUUCAAGUCUACCAUUCAUCCAUCAGGACAUAGUUUAAAUUUCGUAGAGAGCAGAUGCAUUUCAGUUGAAUUGGAAGAUAAGGGCAUGGUAUUGAACUUACUGUCUUUAUAUUUAGUUCCCAUGGCAAAGUUAUUAUGGACUGAAACCACAUCUCUCUACUACCUAGUUGAUCAUGUUGGGCCAAGACCAUCUUUAUUGAUGGGAUCCUGGGAGAUCAAUGCAACUUAUCUGGGAGUGGGCCUUAUGAUCUAUCACAAACUGUACCACCAAAUGCUACUGAAUACAUUUUUCAAGCUCUUAAACCUAGGAUUAUUUUUAGUGCUCACACACAUGAAUUUAGUGAUCACACUCACCCAGAUGGGACCCGUGAGGUAACAGUCCCAGCCAUGACGUGGAACGCAAGGGAUGACCCAGGUUUUAUUGUUGCAACCUUUCGAGGGAACAUUAGUGCAGUAAGUGUCACCUAUUGCUCUGUCGCUAGGGAAUCUGAUAUAUUAAUAGUCUAUACUUGUACUCUGGUUCUGUUUAUAAUCCUUGUCAUUGUAUCAAAUACACCACAAUUGAAAGAUUUUUAAGAUGAUGAUUGUGGCAUACCUCCCAAA